GCUGUUUGCUGACUCAGAGCUCCUCAUUUUUCCAGCUGCUCCCGUCAAUGUUUCAGCGCCGUCUGUUAAAUCGGUCUGAACCCCUCUGUCUGCCUCCGCUGCGAGGAGAAUAGUCCCCGAGGAGAGGUCCAUUAGUCCCGGGCCAAGAUGGGUGAGGUCGACGCGUCACUGCAUGGAAUGGGGUGGAUUACGCGCAUCUCCCACACAGUUUGUAUCCGCUGACUGAACAGGCUGGUUUUACAAAGAGGGGAGGGGGGGGGUCACUCCCCACUUUCUCGCAGAGGGUGGAGCUUUGUGGAUACAUUUGACAGCUGCGAGACAAGAAAAUGUGCACCGCAGAGUAGGUUUGGGGGGACCAUGCUUCUGCUCCGAAGGACAUGAUAACACUGAAUGGAAUGACAAAGUUGGCUCGCCAGUACAGGCUGCGACGGCAAACUUCAAACUAACGGGAAUUAUUUGCUUUUUCCUAUACUAUUCUUGGGAUUUACGCAGAGAUGCAGCGAGCUUUUUCUUUUCCGGCAACGGUGGAGCGCAGUCGGACUAAGGAGCGCUUGGAGGCGAGCCUGGCUGGACUCUGCGAGCUGGAGCUCCGCCGGCAGAGGCAGGAGUGUCUGGUGCAGGGAGCUCUGGCUCUGGGGCAGCCUCUGGGCCAGGACGACCCCAGAAGAGAGUUGUCGUGUCUCAGCAGCUGGGGACAGCAGAACCUGACGCUGAGGCGCCAGCUGAGCGCUCUUCACAGUUCUCCAUGGGGCUUCAUGCAGGCGCUGGAGCGGCAGGUGGGAGAGCUGAGGAUUGACACCGAUGAUGGCUGCUGCGAUGGAGCUCAAGGAGACACAGGCGACAGUCGGCCCAGUUCUGGUUUCUAUGAGUCGAGUGAGGGUCAGUCGCCAAAAGGAAAAUCCUCCUGUGCUGAGCUCACAGAGACCGUUCCAUGUCACGUUUAUGCCAACGACAGGCCCAAGUCUGUAGCAGACCCCCUGGUGGUAAAUGGAGAAAUCCAUGUGCAGGUGCCACACCCCUCUCUGCCGCGCUCUUUCUCCGCCCCUCACCCACCUCUGGAGGGCAUCAUGGAGGAGGGCUCGGUGGGAGACGCCUGGCAGUGGGACUUCAGAGGGGCCGACCCCGCUUGGCUGCAGGAGGCCGCAGAGGACCAUCUCACGGAGGAGGACUACCAGCAGGCUUUGAGGGUGGAGGGCUACAUUCUGAGUCUCAUCCAGCGCCACGCCCUCUCGUCCCGGCCAUGUCAGCCUCGCACCACCCUGAACCCCGACCCCCCACACGGAAGCGUUUCUGGACACAGGAGAACUCCCUCUCAGUCUGCAGAGCAACGCCUUCCUGACCCCCAUCAUCAGCCCCAUGUUGACCUAUUGACCAACUCUAAGAGCCAUGCAUGGGGUUGUGACCCGUCAGAGGUGGGGGCCUGCAGAGGAGAAGCCCAAUUAUUUGAGAAGGACGGUUAUUUUGCUCUUCCCUACCCCCAGUCAAGGCCACACUCCCUAACUGGGAGGUUACCAUCACCCCUACCCUCUAUGGACCCAAACUGCAGCGUUGGGCCUCCUGACCUUUUUUGUGAGCCCCCAUCCCCCCAACAUUAUCUGUAUCCACUACCCCCAGUUCCUCAAAUGCACAAUUUAGUAAGUGCACAGUACAUCUCAGGACAGAGCUGUCAGCCGCCUGUGCGCUCCCCCAGACACUAUAAAUCAGAACAGCCAAAACCCAGCCGAGCUGCCGCCUCUCCUGACCAUCCCAGCUCCAAGUACAAAGCAUCUAAAAAGGGUCACAGUGAUCGACAGAGAGCCAAGAAAACCAACGGUAAAACCGGUCGAUCCCAGUCGGAAAACAGCCUGCUGGGGCAGCGAGGGCUUCCUGAGAGAAGGUACAGCACCGCAGAAAGGCGUCAAGACAAAACCAAUCCUUCUCCAAAUAAAGUCCCAGCUGUCGGGCCGCAGGUGAGCAACAAUGGGCGCAACGGGAACCGACGCUGGUGCUCCAACCUUGAGCUCAGUCAGGAUGAGGCUGAGACCCAGACAUCUGCUCAGGCACACAAACGACCUCCUCGAAAGAUACGCCAGAGUCACCCCUGCUCUCAUUCUCAACAGCAACACGCUCAGAGGUGGCACCAAGACUGUCAGGGCAGAGCGCCUCCAGCCGAGUCCGAGUCCAGCACUAGUGAGGUGUACACUCCAGCUUCCAGCUCACUGUCCAGUGACUCCGACGAAAGCGGGGGACUGGUGUGGCCCCAGCAGCUGCCGCCCCGCCUUGCUUCUACAUCUUCCUCAUCCUCUCCAUCUCCUCAAGCCGCUGCGAGUGCCUCAUCUCACCCCAAAGCCUUUGUUAAGAUCAAAGCUUCCCACGCUCUAAAAAAGAAGAUCCUCAGAUUCCGCUCAGGGUCCCUCAAGGUCAUGACCACCGUGUGAGCAGAGAGUCAAACUUUAUUCCUACAAAGACCAGCACUGCUUACCUUCAUGUUCAUUCUCAGAGCAGCAUUGUCACUUUUGGUUCAAAUGUUAAGUCAAUGUCAAGACUAACAGGUGAGGAGCCUCUUCAGUGAGAUCUUUGUUAUGUUGUGUCCUUCUGAAUUUACUUAAUAGACAUAAUUUGUAUGCCUAUCUGCUAAGUUCAAAAGUCACAACAUUGUUUAUUAAAAACUGCUUAAAGAUAGCCAAAUCAAGACUUUACCACAUGGAGCGCUCUAGAAAUGAUUGAAUGCUAUUUGUCUUUCCAAUGUUUUUAAAGCCAAAGUUUUCUUUAUAAUUUAUGAGUUUUUCACGAAUAAGCAUAAAUUCUGUUGUAUUAAACAAAACAACAAAAUGACUGUAAUAUUAUAGAUUUACUUCAUUACAUGUUAUAAACAGACUUUGCCUGCUGUCCAUCGCCUUUCCAGUUUAUUUGGAUCUCUUACAAACGUGCACAUGUAGUUUCUCAUACAUUGCACAAAAUUGCAGAAAAUGUUGCAGGAAUUAUUAAGAAAAAAAGGAUAAAAUCUGUGUCUGUAAACCCUCUUUCAGUUUACAGUUUGAUUUACAGUAAUAAACAUUUCCUAUAGUUUUAUCAUUUCCUGCUUUGAGUUCUCAAGUAAGGCGUUCACAUGGAUAUUAGGAAUCCAGUAUUGUUCUUUUACAGAAAACUGAUAACGGGACCAGUAAGCAGGCCUCAUAGGUGCAUUUAGUAGUCUGAUGUGUAUGCAUUCAUUCAUUCAUCUUGUAAAUAUGUUUUGUGUCCGUGCCAGCACGUGGCCUUGUUUGAAAUGAAUGUAGGUUGUAAAUAGAAAACGAAUUUGGUACUUCAACACUUUUGUGUUUAUUUUCUUCAGCAUUAAAUGAAUAUGGAUACAUAUCACA